CUGAACUCCUUUCUUAUCAGCUGCCUUCCGUGGAUAUCUCCUGUACUGUGUCCGCAGUCUCUGGUCAUCCCCUGUACUGUCCGCAGUCUCUGGUCAUCUCCUGUACUGUCCGCAGUCUCUGGUCAUCUCCUGUACUGUGUCCACAGUCUCUGGUCCAUCUCCUGUACUAUGUCCGCAGUCUCUGGUCAUCUCCUGUACUGUGUCCGCAGUCUCUGGUCCAUCUCCUGUACUUUGUCCACCCUUCAGAACUGGAUGUGGCAGAACUGGUUGAUGCCAUACUUGUUGGAGGUGGUACCCUGGGCAGCAUCCAUGUGUGGCGAGCUUGACCUGUGGAUCUCUCCAGCCUUCGUUCCCUGAGUCGGCGGUCAAUCUGAAUAGUCAGCUUAAUAAGUUCCUUCAAGGUAUUCGGUACUCCA